UGGCGGUGGUGAUCAUGUGCAGUGCCUUGGUGCAUGCAGCCUCCCUGAGGGACCUGAAGAUGCGGGAAUUACUCAAGGAUGUGAGCAAACUGGAGAGAGACGUUAAGCACAAUGGAUCUCUAAGUUUCAAAACCCCUACAGAAAUCAAGCCGUGCUGCAUGCUUUCGGCCCUGGAGUGUUAUCACAGCCAGCUGUCUCUACUGGACGACCAGGACAACGUCUCCUGGAGAAGAGUCAACAGGAGCAUGGGCAGCCCACUCAUCAGGGAGAAACUGAGGGGAAGCCAAGAGGCCUGUGGUUCGAGCCUGCAGUGCCAAGAGUGCCAUUCGUACCCAAACGCCACUAGCCAGGUCUUCAUGAGGAGCCUGGUAGACCUCCUCCAAAUGGUAUGA